UAAACACUCGCCUGAUAGAGGCUAGGCAUGAAAUUUUCUUGCUUUUUACACUCUAAACCGUGCCAAAAACAUAACUUUGAAAGAUCAUGGUGACAUUUCAACUUAUUUUUCUACUUACAGUUUUAGGGACAAAUUGUUUGGCGUCGAACAAAGAGGGCUGUCGUGAAGUGGAAAUGAAUCCUUCCGUCGACAACCUCUACUUGGAAAAUCACGUCUUCAGGAAACUGGAGAUAAAAUCAGCCAGUGCCUGUGAAGUGAACUGUUUUAUGGAUGCUGACUGCGUCUCGUACAAUCUGAGACAGCCACGGGAUCCAGAAGGAAAGUAUUUGUGUGAACUGAGCAAUUCGACAGACAAAAUUCAUCCCCUGGAUGUCAAAUUCGAAGCGGGAGCUGUCUAUAAAUCAUUCCGGAACCCUUGUUCAGAUAAUCCCUGUUCUGCGAUCCAUCGAUGUCAAACAGGAUUCACCAGCAAAGGUUAUCGUUGUGUUUGCAGAAAUAGACUCUUUGGAAGCAACUGCACAGAAGCUCCUCCAUCAGUGCAAGUGUUUCCUGAUUCUAUCGAGACCGAGGAAGGCAAAAAAGUCUUCAUGACAUGUACAAUCAUUAGCAUUCCUCCUCCACACUUCAUUAAAUGGAGCAGGUCUCAACAAAGUCUACCUCCCACAAGAAGCCACGUUCGAGGAGUAAAUCUAACUUUGGAAAACGUCACCAAACAGGAUACUGGCUCAUACGUGUGUACUGCAAAAAACAUCUGGGGUACAAUCUCAUCCUCAACGCACCUUAAAGUCUAUUCAGCUCUUAAGUUUACCGUUAAACCUCCGUUGAAUGUGACCGUGAAGGCUGAUGAAGUUCUUACUCUGCCUUGUUCUGCUGCAAGCGAUCUAAAGUUGUCGUGGAUGUUUGAUGGGAUCGAGUCGUUACCUCCUUAUGCAAGAAUCGAUUCCUCAAAUAACUUGAUUGUUUCUUCAGUCAAUUUCACCCAUGGUGGUAAUUACAUUUGCCGUGUGACUAAUGCGCUCAAUUCCAUUCAAACAAGUGUCACCGUUUACGUCAAGUACCCUGAAACCUGCGCCAAAGUGAAGACAGACAUCAGUGACAUAAGUGGUGAUUAUUUCAUUGAUCCUGACGGUAUUCUUGGCGAGAAUCCAUUUCCUGUUUACUGUAACAUGACUGACAAAGGAGGCGUUGGAGUGACAGUUAUCAGUCAUGACAGCGAGGACAGAAGCCACGUCAAUGGAUCUGAAGCAAGAGGUAGCUACCGCUGUGACAUCCAUUACAAUGACAGCAGCCUUUCCCAAAUCACAGGACUGAUAAAAGUCUCCAAUACCUGCCAACAGUUCAUUAAAUAUGAAUGCCACAAUGCUGCAAUGCGCUUAGGUCGAGUUAGCUGGUGGGUGUCACGUGACGGUGAGAAAAAAAAGUAUUGGGGCGGAGCCACUGACGGAUGUGCGUGUAACGUGACUAGUACCUGUCCGACUCAAGAGUUGCCCUGUAACUGUGACGCGAACGAUAAUGUUUGGCGGGAGGACAGUGGUUUUUUGACCAUCAAAUCCGACCUUCCAGUUACUCAGUUGAGGUUUGGUGACACUGGUCAUGCUUACGAGGAAGGAUAUCACACACUUGGAAAACUGGAAUGCUACUAACGAACUUGACUGAAUGUUGAGAAAAUGGACUCACCUUUUACCAUUUUCAUGCGCGCGCUACGUGCUCCGCUAUUGUCGAUUUCACUCGACCUUAACAUACAUGGACGCAGUGAAUUGCGCACCUCCAUGUAUAAAAGAGAGGAAAACGACAAACGGGUUUUUGAACAUUACUAAUGUUAUGAUUCGUCCCGUAUCCAGGGAUGGUAGUUUAGUUUGAAUCUGUUUUUCUGGCAGCCAUACGUAGCUACAAAGCAUACACACAUGCAGUGUAAAGAUAAUUAAAGACAGACCUUUCAAUUGUUUUUUUUGAAAGAUUUCUCCGUGGUUCAGCUUAUAUCACACGUCUAUUUCCAUGUUCAACAAAAACAUUUAACCUUUGUAUGAUUGUAUUUCAUUAUUUUGCAUCCUCCGUUAAAGCGGACUUCAAGCUGUGUUCGAAGUUCCACAUUGCUUUUCGCGCAAUUUUCAGUUAGGUUAGUUGGAGACAUUAGCCAUAAUUUCUCAACAAAAAAGCGGCUGUAAAUGAAUGCCUUUAUACUCUUCUUGACUGAAAUUAAAUGUGUAACAUUAUUUGGUGAAAGAAACCGAAUAUAGACUUCAUUCCAUUUUGGCAGCUGGUUUUUUUGCUAAUAAAAACAUACUGAUUUACCUCAA